GUAGUCUGAAUCGGUGUGAAUUAUAUUAUUAUUCGCACUAAUGUGAUAAAAAACUAGACGAACGCGAGUGGUCGUAAUAAUCGCGCAAAUGUACGGUGAUAUAUAGGAUAUAAGGUCUCCAAACCGAGAUACCUUUAGGCGAAAUCGGAGACCAAAACAAAAAUGCCAUUGCCUGCAGAAGUUAAGUGGUAAACAUGACACAAUAAAUUAGUGACAAACCAAGCAACGACGAUCGAAACGGGUCUAAUUUUUAUACAAACCUCAACACCCCGAAAAAUCCCAAUUAAGGAACCCCACGAUCCACUCCCGCUAAGAUGGCCAGCGUCUGGAAGCGAUUGCAGCGCAAUUUCAAGCGCGCCGCCAAAUUCCAGUUCACUGCAUCGUACCACGAUCUGCAUCUGGAAACGACCGCCAAGUGGCGACCGUCGAACCUCUCUAUCGUUUGGACCAGGAGAUCUAGACGAGUGGCCAGUGCUCCGCUGCCAUGGGAGCCGGAUAUGAUGAAUCCCCUGGUGGGCAAUAUAUCCUGGCCAGUGCCCGACAAUCACACCAUAUCGGUCACCCUGUUCAAGGAUCCGCGGACGCACGAGCUGGAGGACAAGGACUGGACGUUUGUCAUCGAAGAUGUCACCCCAAUGGGCAAGAAACGCGUCCUGGCCAAUGCCAGCAUCAAUAUGAGGAAGUAUGCCAGCGUAGAAUCCACUCAGCAGAGCUUUACGUUGACCCUAAAGCCAGUCUCGAAGAAGAUUACGGCAGCAAGUCUGGAACUCACGAUUAGCUGUGUAUUCUUGAGGGAAGGAAAGGCCACGGACGAAGACAUGCAGAGCGUUGUCUCUAUGAUGUCCGUGAACAACAAUGAUGUGGCGCCGUUGGAUGACUUGGAGGACAUUCCCGAUUUUGACAACUGUAGUGAAAUCACUGACUUUACCCAGCAACUAAAGCAUUUGACAAUUAGCCUGAAUGGCUGCAUUGAUUUGGACACCCCUCAAAGUGUACCUUCGUUAUCUGAAGAUCCAACACCGUUGGCCGAGUCCAUUAAUCAAUUGCAUUUUGAACUAGAAGGCGACGGCAAAGGCGAGGCUGCGAGCAAGUUAGACUUGAGCACAGCAACCGGAGCAACCGGUGGUCUUAGUAGUGCCGACGAGUCCCUCAAAACUCCCAAUGGACUGCAGCCCCUGGUGGACAGUACGCCCAUUAAGUCACCUGGGGAGGUGAGGCAGCCGGCCAAGCAAACACCUGUGGAGCCAGCGAGGUCGAAGACCAUCGAGACCUUUGACAAAAUGGUCACCUCAACGCCGCUGGAACCCAAAGCAAGCAAAGAUGAUGCGAAGCCAAAGAAGAAAAGGGCCUUGUUCUUCACCGAGAAGGAUGAUGAGCAGGAUUUGAGGGUGACGAGUCUCAAGGAGGAGAGUGGCGACAGCAGCACCAAAAAGGAAACGACCAAAGAGGAGAACAAGUCCGCUAAGGAGGCCUCAUCUGUGGUGGUGGUGCCACCGAGUGUCAAGCGCCCCGAGCUGCAGCCCCUGAACCUGAAGAAGAGCUACGAACCCUCGCCGACUCCUGCGCCCGCACCCGCACUCGCACCCGCAUCUGUGAUAAACGAAUCCACAGGAUCGCAGUCGGGUUUGAGUACCUCUGGCUCGCUGAACAACAGCCUAAAGCCCGUGGAGAAGAUCGUGCUUAAGACGAACACUCCCGGGCAGGAUCUGCUGGAGUGGUGCAAAGAGGUUACCAAAGACUACAACAAUGUUAAGGUCACCAACCUGACGACCAGCUGGCGGAACGGCAUGGCCUUCUGCGCUAUCAUCCAUCACUUUGCGCCUGAGCUCAUUGACAUGUCCCAGCUGAGUGCCCAUGAUGUGGUGGGCAACUGUCGGAUUGCCUUCGAUGCGGCGGAAUCCUUGGGAAUACCCCGCGUAAUCGAGCCACGGGAAAUGAACAUGCUGACAGUGCCGGACAAGUUGGGCGUGAUGACCUAUUUGCAUCAGUUGAGGGCGCAUUUCACCGGCAAGCAGCUGAAAAUCGAGCAAAUUGGAUCUACGGCAGAUGAGUCGAGCUACGUGAUUGGCGACUAUAUGUCGGACAAUUUGUCGCAGAGUCGCAUCGUCUUUUCGCACCCGAAGAGUUUGCUGCUGCAUCAAAACUCCAUCGAUGAGGAGAUCAUGGGACACAACAAGUCAGAGCAACUGUCGCCCACUAGGAAAAAGGAUGUGAAGAAUCAGAUUCUGAACAACUCGAAGAACAUACUGGACAAGGUGAUGUCGCCCACCAAGGACAAGAACUCGAUCAACGCGUCGCAGCAUGCCAAUCAGUCGUCGGUGCUCAGCGGCCAGACACCGCCUCCGCCGCUGGAGGACUCCCUGGACGAAGGUCCUCCCGUGGGUGGCAAGGAGAACAUCUCCAAAUCCGUCAUUGAUCCCCAGGCGGCCAGUGAGGAUCGACAGGCGCGUCUGCGGGAACAGGCUCGUCGCCUCAUCCUGGAGACGCGUGUGCGGAGCGGCGGCUCCCUCGAGAGCCCCACCAGCCCCACGAGGCCCAAGCUGGAGCGGACCAUCUCGCCCAUCCACAACGGAGCCGAGGAGUUCUACCUGGAGCAGUCAAAGAAGCUGGAUGCGCAGGAACCGGGCAGUCCUAGUCAUAGGUUAAGUGGUCUUAAGGGCCUCGGAGUUAAUGGCAGUCCCCUGCAGUCCUUCAACGCAAUUGUGGACCGCGUCUCACCAAAGCACGAGAAGAGGGGUGACAAGAUGUCCUACAUUGAAUCCGAGCUGGAGGCCCUGGAGCGGGAGCAGGAGGCCAUCGACCAGAAGGCCAGCAGUCUGGAGGCCAAGCUGCGCGCCGUGAUGGGCGGCAAUCCAAGUAAUAAUCGUCGGGGUAGCGCCCGAAACGGCAACCCCAUCCUUAGGCUAAUCCGAAAUAGUAUUGGUGGUGGUGAUGUGAUACGCAUCAAGCUGCUCGACUCGGAUGACGAGAGCCUGUUUGGUGGAGGAGGUGCCGGCAGCGGUGGUGGUGGUGGUAGCGAGGACGACGACCGGGACACGUCCAGCGACAGUGUCAGCAACUCCGGCGACGAGUUGCACACGCGCCAGCGCCCCCGGCCGCGCUCCCAUUCGUGCUUUGUGAAUGUGCCCAAGAGUGUGCAUCCAUCGACCAUGACCUCGCCCGCCCAUCUGCGUCCGCAUCAUGUGCAUCAUGUUGUGCCCUACACCCACAUGCUAGACAGCUCCCCGUCGGCGCUCUCCUCGCAGCAGUCCUCCUGCGACAAUCUGCCCGCGUGCAGCGAGGAUGACGAGGUCCUGGCGCUGGCGGCCACCGGCCGGGCGGCUUCCUUGCGGCGGCAGCAGGAUCGCCACAGGCGACGCCGUCAGCGGCGGGAGCGGCGCUCCCAUUUGUGUCACACCCCCAGUCAUUGUGAGACCGAGGAAACGGAGGAGCAACUGCUAUCGCAAUGGUUUACGCUGGUCAACAAAAAGAACGCACUUCUCCGGCGACAAAUGCAGCUGAACAUACUCGAACAGGAAAAAGAUUUGGAGCGAAAGCAUACAAUGCUGAACCAGGAGCUGCGGGCGGCGCAAUCUGUGGAGGAUUGGCGCAAGACGGAAGUGCAGCGGGAGAAGGAGCGGCUGCUGCUCGAGGAGCUGAUGACGAUUGUCGACAAGCGUGACCAGUUGGUGCAGCAUCUGCACAACCAAGAGAAAGCGAUCGAAGACGACCAGGAGAUCGCGAAGGUACUGGAGCACGUGGACAUCAGCGAAAAAGACAAAUGUGUUCUUCAAUAGAAAUCGAAAUUAACCAAACCUGACUGGAGAUUAUACUUACACUCAAUCGUAUCUAUGUAACUAGUUAGAUAACAACUAUGUUCGGAGACACGCGAUAAGGUCGCGUGGUUUUUGUGGUUCGGUGUCGCUUCUUAUGCAAUCGUUAUAUCCAACGACAACAAAUACUUGGACCACUUGGUAUGGUUAUUGGAAAAAAGGUAUACUGUGAAACAAAUUGCUUAUCUAUUCGAGCAAAGAAAUUCAAAGAAAAAGAACAAAACGUCCGUUAGUAAAUUAAGAUACAAAAAUCGAGAACAGACACUUUUACACUCAUUUGGUUCAAUAAUGCUAAUCUAUAUGAUAAUCAGAUAUUCGAGUUUUACUGUGUUAACUUCGUUUAAUGUUUUGUUGUUGUGCCAUCUGAACCACAGCUAAAGUGAAUCCUGAACGCAAAUUAAUGUGAGUUAGGGAAUAAAGGUGGCAAUUUUACGUUAGUUUGUACCUUAGCAUUUAUCCCACAUAAAACGCUUCAUCCAAAAAUACAUGUACACUUAUAUAUUUAUUAAUUACCUUUAUGCGAAGACCUAUUUAACCAUACUUAAUUGAGAAUACUACUUAUUCUUAGAAACAAAAAUGUACCCUUAUAUAUUUGUGAAUUACCUUUUUGCAAAAACGUAUUUCAGCAUACUUAAGUUCAACAAAGCGCUUUAAUAGUAAUUUAAAGGUGGCUUAUGUAUAUACUUAUAUUUAUAUUUAUAAUUAUUUUAUUUUACGUUGCCCAGGCGAGGGACAAGAACUGUUCAACCCACGAACAUAGCUAAUAAAGAAUACAAAUUGCUGAUAAAACCCAAAAACAAA